CAUCUGGAUGUCAGCAUGGCAGCCUCAAACCUGGAGAACCAGUUGCACAGCGCCCAGAAGAACCUCUUGUUCCUUCAACGGGAGCACGCCAACACCCUCAAGGGCCUGCACGCUGAGAUAAGACGACUGCAGCAACACUGCACAGAUUUAACAUAUGAGCUGACACUGAAGAAUUCGGACCAGGCAGGAGAUGGAACUUCCCGAAGCAACGAACUGAAGCGAAGAUGCGAAGACCUGGAGGCUGAGCUCAAGGCGAAGGAGGCGGAGAAGCAGGAGCUGCUGCAGGAGCUGGAGCAGAAGAACGCGCUGAUCGCCGUGCUGGAGACCACGGUGAAGGAGCGGGAGAAGAAGUACCUGGAGGAGCUGAAGCUCAAGAGCCACAAGCUGAGCGUGCUGUCGGGCGAGCUGGAGCAGCGCGCCGGCACCAUCGCCUACCUCACGUCGCAGCUGCACGCCACCAAGAAGAAGCUGCUCCUGAGCCCCGCCGACGCCGCCAGCGCGCCCACCUCCGGCUCGGCCGCCGCCGCCUCGGCCGCCGCCGCCGCAGCCGGCUACAAGCCGGCGCCCCCCAAAGAGAAGCUUCCCGAGACCCCGCGGCGCCGGAUGAAGAAGAGCCUGUCAGCCCCGCUGAACCCCGAGUUCGAGGAGGUCUACCGGCUGGGCGCGGAGAGCCGGAAGCUCCUCUUCCGCGAGCCCGUGGACGCCAUGCCGGACCCCACUCCGUUCCUGCUGGCCAGGGAGGCCGCCGAGGUGCACCUCAUCAAGGAGAGGCCGCUCGUCAUCCCUCCCAUCGCCUCGGAGCGCACGUCGGGGGACCCGCACAGCCCCGCCCGGGACAAGGCGCACAAGGCGCACGUGGGCGUGGCCCACCGCAUCCAUCACGUGCCCCAGCCGCAGGCGCAGCCCGAGGUGGAGACGCUGGCGGUGGACCAGGUCAACGGAAGCAAAGUCGUUCGAAAGCACUCAGGGACCGAUAGAACUGUGUAGGCCGCGGCCGAGGAGGCUCUUUCCGCACUGUGAUCACUACUAGCAAACGAACCCGCCCGCCCGCCCGUCCACCACUUUUUUUAAGUCCCGCGCAUGCCAAAUUUUUUCAGAUCUGUCAGAGUAUCCUCCUCCCCUCCGCUCUCCCCGCCCCCAGCCCAAACCCAAACUCGAUCGCGUUCCUAAUGCAGGAUCUGUAUCUACCCUCGCUGUGGCCCCAUCCGCUGCUUGCUUCUGCCCUGCCCCAUCUAGCCGUGGGAGUGAGCGCGCGCACGUGGACAAAAGCCCAGGCCGCAGCCUGCCUUCUCCUGACUAGUAACGAACCCAAAUAGCGACACACCUAAGGAUAACGUUGGAACACCUCGUAGAAACUGACUUCUGCUAUCCCUGCGGAGCCUUCGGUGGCUCCCGUACUACGUAUGUAGCACUUCAUACAUACCCCUGGAGACGAGUGUAAAUUCCCGACAAACCGCUCACGGGCAGCAUUGACAGCAAUGCACAUCUAUGUAUAUGUCAAAAGGAACUAAAGAUUGGCAUUACUCUUCAUGUCACCUUGACCCUAAUGUGUGUUCAUAUUUUUUGUUAUAUUUUAUUCCAAAUUUUGGAGAUCCCAACAAACUUUAUUUUCUAA